AUGGCACACACCGGUAUUGCGCACAAAGUCAUUUCUGUUAUCCUCCGUCUUGGUGAAUUUGUCUGCGCUGUGAUUGUCCUUGGAAUUCUCUCUCGCUUCUGUUAUCUCAUUAGCAUCCCGCAGGCGGAAGCCGAUGGACGGAUCAUCUAUGCCAUGGCCGUCGCGGGCAUCGGUAUUGUCUACUCGUUCUUUUUUUGUCCGCCAUUCAAAUCUCUCUUUUUGGGAUUCCCAUUUGACUUUAUACUGUUUGUGAUGUGGCUUGUGGCAUACUGUCUGCUUCAGACCUUCCUCCACUUUACCAGUAGCAUUCUCGGGAUAUAUGUCUUCCAUAUUUACAUCAAGCUCGAGGAGACAAGGCGCGACAUCAAGCAUCAUGCGGAAAAACUCACCAAAGGUCAUCCUCAAGCGCAUGGCUACGAGCAGGGAGUCGAAGGGCAGAAUGGCGCGGCAAAUACCCAGUCUACAGUGCCUACCACUACAGUGCCUACCACUACAGUAUAA